UUUUUGGCAUUGCGUGAAAAUGCACCUGAAGGCUUGAGACCAAAAUGUCUCCUUUUAUAGAAGUUCUGACAUUUGUUAAUGAUCAUUUAAUCAGUGCUUUUGAUUAGCAGCACCUGGCUGAAACUUACCCUCUAAAUUCAAAAGAAAGCAGUAAAGACGUAUUAUUUUUUCACACACUGCAUUUUGUUAUUGAAAUAAUGUGACAUAUUUUGAAAUUCAUCUGAAUUUGUUUUUUUUAAUCUAUUUUUAUGACUUGCUAAGGUUGACAAGAAUAAACAUAUAUAGCACAUGGAUAAUAUAGUGAUAACACUACUGGUCUUCAGAACAACAGGUGUCUGACUGUAUAAUUUACUAUGUAUUUCCCAGGUGGCAAAAGUGAUGCCUCAGGAUACCUUUUACUUUUCCAUCUUGAGACAUCCUGUGGCUAUGAUGGAAUCCAUCUUUAGUUAUUAUAAGAGCAUCCCAGCCUUCCGUAAGACAUUUAGCCUGGAGGACUUCUUAGACAACAGCUGGAGAAACUAUAAUGCAUCGGCAGCCAACAACCACUACGCUCACAAUAUUCUGGCUUUUGACUUUGGCUUUAAGAAUAAUAUUGCAGCUGGUGCUGGAGACUUUGAGGAGAGAACCACUGUGGCUAUUAAAACCAUAGAACAGGACUUUAAUCUUAUACUAAUUUCUGAAUACUUUGAUGAGUCCAUGGUCUUGCUCAAGUACUCCCUCUGCUGGUCCUUGGAAGAUAUGGUUUCCUUUCGACUCAAUAGUCGCAGUGAACAAACUCGGCAUUCACUUUCACCGAACACUGCAGAAAAAAUCAAGAAGUGGAAUGCUUUAGACUGGAGGAUUUACCUGCACUUCAACACAACCUUCUGGCACAAAGUUGAUAGUCUUGUUGGACGACAGAAGAUGGAGAGGGAAGUAGCUCAGCUGAGAAAGCUACAAGUCAAGCUUGCAAACACUUGCCUGAAAGAUAGAUGUGCGGUUGACCCAUCACUGGUAAAGGAUGCUAGGCUGAAGCCUUUUCAGUAUGGAACAGCUGUCAUUCAGGGCUAUAACCUAAACCCAAACUUAGAUAUACAAACCAAAACAAAAUGUCAGAGAUUUAUCUUACCAGAACUGCAGUACACACAUCGUCUGUACACCAAGCAGUUCCCAAAGGAAGCUGCUAAGCAUAAACAGGCAACUAAGACUGUUAAAUAAUCACCUAAAGAAAAUUGCUAUGAUGGCAAAGCAUCAGAAAUGGGAAGACCUGAGCAGCCUGACCUUAAGAAGUAAAGUCAGGUCUCAAAAACCAAUGGGCCUCCACAAGUUCUCUGUUAACAAAAACACAAGCUAACAAUAAAACAAGAAUACCACGAGUAAUACCUGUGACUAAUAAUCACAGGAUAUGUGAUAUGCUUGAGAAGUAUGUGUUGGGUAUUAAAAAAGUUUUUUGAUUUUUUUUUUCUUUUCUCUUUUUUUAGUAGCCACACCAGUGGUUAAGUUGAAAAUAUGAAAGCCGAAAUAUCAUAUCACUUUGGUGAUUAUUCAUUCUUAUGAAUAUAAGAGGCUAACCAAGCCCAAUAUUGUUAGCUCCUGGAUGUUAGAAGACACAGUCAAGAGUAAAAUGUUUUUGAUUAAUUGUUUGUUUUCUUGCUUGUUUGCUCAUUUAAAACAUAUCUUUGAAGUACAUGGCAGUGGGUUGAAUUUUGGACUGUUUUUGAUAUCCUGUGUUGUUUUAAUUGGUGAAGAUAGCAACGGAACUUGAACUUGACUUGAACAUGCUAGUUCAAGUCAAGUUGCUUUUUAGUGUCAUUUGAGCCACAGUAAUACACCUUGAAAUAAAGUAAUGUUCUUCCAGGAUCAAUGUGUCACAACAUAAAAAAAAAGAAAAGCACAUGGCAUUAAAAUAUCAAAUUAUAUAAAGAA